AAAACAAGUCUCAGCGAAUCCUCAAUUUUCUUUGUUAUUUUUCUUCUUCUUUAAAAAAAAAAAUUAACCAUGCAUAAUAAUGAUAAAAAUAAUUGAGAUUUAUUAAAUAAAAAUAAUGAUAAUAAUUGAGAUAUUUUGGUUUAUUUAUUUUUUUUAUUUAAGAAUAGAUGAGAAGAGGAGAGAAGACACUCUAGUUGAUAUUUUUUUUGAAAUUCACACAACUUGGCCAAAAUCAGGAAACCAAAUAGAAUGAUAGAAUAUUAAGGUUAAGAUUCAGAUAUUCUGAUAUGGAAGCCGAUGUCUCCAUUUCUCUAUCCAAUUCCGAACCCUAACUUCACACUCUCACAUCACAAACCAAUUCAUCUUCUUCUCUUCUUCUACUUUUCUUUUCUGUCCCUUUCAUCCAAUCUCUGAGUUGUUGUAAUUUGCGUUGAAAUCUUUCUGUUAGCGACUAUGAAUUUGGUCCUGUUCUUCUGGCUCUUACUCUUCACUGGCUUCUCCUUCUCCCUGACUCUUGCCAAUGUAGUCCUUCUUGGGAAGAAUGUCACUCUUUCUUUCGGGGACAUUGAAGCCAAUUUCGCUCCUGCAAUAAGAGGGUCUGGGGAAUGUGGAAUUCUGUAUUUGGCACAGCCUCUGAAUGCCUGCUCACCAUUGAGUAAUAAAGUUCAAUCCAUUAAUACUAGCUCUCCAUUUGUGCUGAUCGUGAGAGGAGGUUGCAGUUUUGAGGAUAAAGUUCGAUCAGCUCAAAAAGCGGGAUUCAAAGCUGCAAUCAUCUAUGACAAUGAAGAUGGCGGCAUCUUAGUUGCAAUGGCCGGGAAUUCAGCUGGUAUAAAGGUUCAUGCCGUCUUUGUAUCCAAAGCUUCUGGUGAGAAACUAAAGAGAUAUGCUGGACAUACUGAUAUGGAGUUGUGGCUAAUCCCAAGUUUUGAGAAUUCAGCAUGGUCAAUUAUGGCAAUAUCCUUCAUUUCCCUGCUAGCAAUGUCUGCUGUGCUGGCUACCUGUUUCUUUGUUCGCAGGCAUCGAAUACGACGAGAACGACCUCGAGCUUCUCGGGUCCGAGAAUUUCAUGGGAUGAGCAGUCGGUUGGUGAAAGCAAUGCCAAGUUUGAUAUUUACUGCUGUUUCAGAAGAUAAUUGCACUUCAGCAACAUGUGCCAUUUGUCUCGAAGACUACAGUGUUGGAGAGAAGCUGAGGAUUCUGCCAUGUCGUCACAAAUUUCAUGCGUUUUGUGUGGAUUCCUGGCUUACAUCCUGGAGGACUUUUUGCCCAGUUUGCAAACGUGAUGCAAGAACUAGCACAGGCAAUCCACCAGCCUCAGAAUCUACACCACUACUUUCUUCCAGCCAAGUUUCUUUAGCUUCCUCAUCCAUGCUAUCAUCAAUGAGAUCAUCUUUGGCAUCCUCGUCUGCCAUACAAAUUGGCCCAUCAAUGUCACGCUCCCCUUCUCUUUCUCGCUCAAUUGCAAGUACUUCCUAUUUUCAACAGUCUCUUAGGUCCUACCGCCAAUCCCCCUCCUUGGGUGUAAGCAGAAGCUCCAUGGAUCUCCAGAAUGCAUCUUCCCAAAGAUCUCAUGCUUAUUUGAUCUCUGGCCAUUCCUUGGGUUACCCUUCUUUAUCACCCCUUAACUCAAGAUACUUGUCUACACAUAUUCCAAGCCCUAGCAAUGCCUCACCUCCCUUUGUGAGCUCUUCUACUUAUCAGCAGAAUCCGUUGCAUUGCAGCGAUUCUGCUGCAAGUUUCUCUCCUUUCACGUCUGCACACUCCCUACCUGAUUGUUGAAUCAAACUAUCCUGUGAUAAACUAUUGGGCAUGGUUGAGUCGGUAAAAAUAAGUGAGUGUGAACGUUUGUGAAUUUGUCCAGGAAAGACACCGACAGAAAGGAAAAGAAGGCAGUUACCAAGUCACCUGUGCUCCAUACUCCCCCUCAUAUUCAUAUGGUUGGGUUACAUCUAAUUCAGUGGCUGGUUUAUGGUGAAUCGAGGGAAAGGUUUCUUCUUGCCGAGACUCGCGUGUACAUUAGAACUUUUAGUGUGACAUUGGUAUUUAAUUCUGGUUUACAAGAAAUAGUUGUGUUUCUUUCGACGAUUGUAUAUCAGAAACAUAGGGAAGAAAAUAUCGAAUGUAACUUGAUGCAUUGGUUUUGUUAAUAUUUAUGUUACAAUUGUUGAUGUUAAAAGUUGCGUGUUAAACAGAGGUAUAUCUGUAACAGAAGCAAUUUUGAGACAAUUAUCCGUGAUUUUCGCAUGGCAAUUUCAAACUGAUUUCACUGUUA